UUUACACACACAACUUAGUUGAGUUCAGUUGAGAACGAUUUAGCUAUAACAAUGGCAAAGGCCCUUGUUCUUUUUAAGCUUUCAGUUUUAUUACUUAGCUCAUUUACUACAGUUCUUAGCCAUGGUGAUCACUGGUACUCAUUAGACAAAAAUGUUGACCACCUUUCACCAGCUCAAGCCCCUAAGCCUCACCACCACCACCCCAAACAUUCCCCUACCCCUUCACCAACUUAUACUCCAUCAAAACCACCAGCUAAAUGUCCAACUCCACCACCAGCUAAGCCUCCAACUCCUCCAGCUUACAGCCCAUCAAAACCACCAGCUAAGCCACCAGUUAAACCACCAACACCAUCAGUUAAGCCACCAACACCAUCACCUUAUUAUCCUACUAGGAAACCUGUAGCUGUAAGAGGCCUUGUUUACUGCAAAUCUUGCAAGUACAGAGGGGUUAAUACUCUUAACCAAGCUACCCCACUCCUGGGAGCUGUAGUGAAGCUAGUAUGCAACAACACAAAGAAACCACUAGUUGAACAGGGCAAGACAGACAAGAAUGGCUUCUUCUGGAUCAUGCCAAAACUAUUGACCUCAGGAGCCUACCACAAGUGCAAAGUGUUCUUGGUCUCAUCAAACAAUUCUUACUGUGAUGUCCCAACUAAUUACAAUGGUGGAAUAUCUGGUGCUUUGCUCAAGUACACCCCAUUUCCCAAGAACCCUGUCCCAGUUAAACCAAAAUUUGAUGUCUUCACUGUCGGGCCUUUUGGAUUUGAACCCUCAAAAAAGGUUCCUUGCAAGAAGUUACAUUAUGAAAUUUAUAAUUAAGAUAGGAUGGAGAAGUAAUUAAGGGAUAAAUGUGGAAGGAGUUAAUUAAGUGUUGGAGAAAGAAAAAUUUGUCUGUGUCCUUGUUAUUCCAUUAAUAAAUGAUGUAAGAGGAAAGAAAUGUGGAGUAGUUUAAUUUUCUUGUUUUCCAAUUUCGUUUCUGUCUGUUUAAAGCCCAACAAGUGAAAAGGAUUUACAAA